UGAAACCAGUGCGUGUGAAGUGAUCAAGAACCGAAGACUGUGUUAAAUCAGCAUCGUGGUGCGCGAUAGCGCGCUUUAAUCGCCAUCCAACAUGACCCAUCACGUAGUGGAAUCCACCUCCGAACUGUCCGCCCUAAUGAAAGCCGGUGUCAUGGCUGGAUCCGACAGGGAUGCAGGCUUCUGCAGCGGAGGCGACGAGGACGACAUGUCUGGCCUGCACUCGCCGAGCGCCUCGGAGGACAGCGUGGAAGUGCAAGUGAUGCCGAUAUCCUUGAGAAACAAGAGGAAACUGGCCGAGCCAAGGAAGAUUCAGGAACCAAACACAGCCCCCCUGAAAAAGAGAAGAUUUGAGCAAAUCGAGGAGACGGUCGUGGCAGACGAAGAGGUACCCAGAACGGCGCGAUCGCCCAGUCCGUUUCGACCGUGGAGCAGUUCAAGAAAGAGCGUCGAUUCAAAAGUCUCGUCAUCGAUUCGAACGGAACAAGCUACAGUUGUGCAGUCGGAUACCUUGCCAUCGAAAGCCCUAUCCUCUAUAGAGUCCACUGUCUCGAGUCGCGUUCGCGACAACGGCCACGAGGACGAUCGCAACCGUCUGAUCAUCGUCAAUGACACUCAGAGGAAACUCGAGGAAAGCUUCGAAUCUCGAAGCGAGUCACAACGUCGAGACGAUCUGCCAUCUAGACUGCGACAGUCCACGCAAAAUCGUCUACCUCGAACCGAAAGGCGGGAACCCUCCCGUCAGAACUUCGACUCAACGAUGGUCGCCAGCUUAGCUUCGGCGCCCGUACCAUCCGUAACGUCGACAUCGACGCCUCGAUUACAGGAAGAACCCUUGGCACUCGUCCUGAGGGGAGAAAUAGGCACUAGGGUACCCUCCCAUCCAGCGGUAAACGGCAGCUACGAGAGAACGUGCUCGUACUCCGUGGAGCACGCCUCAUCGUCGUCCUCUUCCUCGUCCUCCUCUUCCUCGACGUCGUCUUCGUCGUCCUCCUUGCUACUCAACCGUCAAGAAAAUCAUCGAUCGGGCACGAAUGGUUGCAGUUCCUCUCAGACGAUGAUGACAACAUCAACAACGGCGGGCCCUCAAACUGGCCAUCCGAGGCAACAACAUACGGCUGUGGGUCAGCAAAGGAACUACAAGAACAUGACUCGCGAGAGGAGAAUAGAGGCGAACGCCAGAGAAAGAACGAGGGUGCACACGAUAAGCGCCGCGUUCGACACCCUUAGGCGUGCCAUUCCCGCCUACUCUCACAAUCAAAAGCUCUCGAAACUGUCCGUGCUGAGGAUCGCCUGCAGUUACAUCAUGACGCUGGGCAAGAUAGUCAACACUCCCGAAGGAGAGGCAACGAACAGCGCACCGUUGGGGGCAUGCGUGGAUCUCGUAUCGAGAACAAUUCAAACGGAGGGCAAGCUUCGAAAGAGGAAGGAAGACUGAAACCAUCCGCCCACGCGGUCGGGAGAUAAUCGCCCGACAACUGCAACGUACAAAUUAACGCGCACCGCCGACGCUGUCGCGGGCAGUAUCCUCUAAAGGCCCGUGUUCACGUGACAUUAAAGUCAUGGACGGUUAGGCAAUUCGAAGUCACGACAGUACGACUGUAUAUUUUGUCGUCGUUUCGAGGCUGGUCCCUAUCGCAGCAUUCGUCCUUAGAGUUGUGCUGAAAUACAAAUAAAUUGGGAAAUAUAAUUGGGUUACAUUGUAAUUCGCGUUACUUAAGUAAUGGGGUUACUUUGGAA